UGUCGCGGGGCAGUGUGGGAUGCGGGGGCGGGCACAGCCUAGCGUGGGAGCGGGAGGCUCCGCCCAUCCCGGGCCCGCCCAGGCUCGCCCGGGCUCGGCCGCUGACACGCCUGCGCGGACCCCUAAAGGCGAGGGCGCGGGGCGGGUCCGGUAUUUGCAAGGGAGAGCAAAGCCCGACAGAACCCCGUGCCUGCAUGCCAUGGUGUUGGGGCACUCUCGUCCACCCUUGUGCCUGCGGUGACGUGACACGCCAUUGUGACAUCAUCCCUUCCCUUGUGAUGUAACCCAGGGGCGAGACUCUCGGGGAGUGUUAGGCUGUGGGGCCUCCCGAGGUCUCGUGGCCUCCCACCCGCUUUCCACCCGUAGAAUGGCCUCACCCCUUCGGGGAAAGACCGCUUCGCCCCUGGUGGAAACCACCCGCUACAAGGAGACAUCGACGGUCCGCGUGGAGACCUCGUCCCACCGCGUGGAAACCUCCUCCCGGCGGGUGCACACGUCUUCCCGGCAGGUGGAGACCUCCCAGGUCCCCUCUGGGAAGCGGCUUCCUCGCAUCCUCGAGGUGUCCUCCCAGCACGUGGAGACCUCCUCGCAGCGCACAGAAACGUCCUCCCGCCACGUCAGGGCCUCGUCCUUGCGCGUGGAGACGUCUCUGCACCGCGUGGAGAGCCCUCCCCGGAGGGACAAGACGGCAGCCAGCCAGAAUGUAAAAAUGUCCCGAUGAAACACUUCCCAAAGGCCACGGAAGGGCCAUGGCCCUCGGCCAGGACCACAUUGCCUCCAGUUUGCAGCCACCAAUGCCAGGUGGACCGAUCAGAGCAACCGCCUAUACAUCAGCCGAAGAAAGGCCGAUCUGCAGUUUCCGAUCUGCAGUUUCCGGACUCAGCCUACAUUUAUUGCCCACGCUGCACCUUGGACCUUCCUGCCUUUGACCCAGGCAACUGUUUUAACGGGAAGCCAGCACAGUGUCCACGUCCAUUCUCCUGUAGAAAUUGAGUUGAUGGAUAAGAGGCUGUUUGAAGCUCUGAACCAGUUGACCUUCAUGGUACAGAUGGAAAAACUGAAGUCCAGAGAAGCCAAAAUAACUUGCCACCACUAUCCACUUGCAACCACUAUUUACUGCCUCUCAGGAUGGUUUCUUUUGAUAACCAUAUAAAGGUGGCCUCAGCUGGGCUGAUCUCCCGAGAAAUGGUGGGAGUGACCAGGCUGUCCCUCAGUGACCCCCUCCAAUGAAGUGUUCCCAGCUCUCCACCUUCAGAACAAAUGGACCUGCUUGUCCUGGCAGUGGGGGAGGUGGGUCCCCAAAGUCCAGAUGUGGAUAGCAGAGGGGCCCACAGCGGUGACCGCAGCUCAGCCUCUCUUCCUGCUCCGAGCCCCUGGCCCGAGGUGGCAGAAAGAGCUCCCUUCUCAGGUGGAACCCACUUGUCCCAGUGGAUGCAGUGGAUGCAGUGGAUCCGUGGCCACCAGCACUCUAUGGUGCGGCAGAGACAGACCAGGCUGGCGCACUGCCCACUUCCAGUGGCGUUGAAGGUUCCUAGGCACCUGGGGAGAUUUCAGGAAGACUUCAGAAAGGCAGCUGACCCCGCGGGAAGUCGGCGCAGAUGCACAUGGGAGCCUGACUCCGGGCACUGGACCUGCUGCACGUCACUGAGGCAGGCGGUCUCCGCUGUCACCUCUCAGAUACCAUGGACCUUGCAAUUGGAGGCUGUUAAAAGCUAGAAACUCAGACAUCGAGUUCUAGCUUCUCAUUUUAUUUAGACCAUUUUUAACACUCAUCUCUUUUAAAAAUGAUUAUAAAGUAGUGCAUGCCUAUUCUAAAAUAUUUGGAAAUACAGAAAACAAGACGAAAAUAUAUAACCCUGUAAGGUCACCAAAGAUAACUGCUGCUAUAUUUCCACCUCAACUUUUUUCCUGUGGUCGUGUAUGUUUUUAUUAUCAUAAAAACACAUACAAUUUGUAUCUGUCUUAUUCACUUUAAAUAUAAGCAUUUUCAACAUAAAAAUGUUCUUUAUAAACA